CUGAAACGUAACUUGACGUUGGUCACGUGACGCGUUAUGUUCAUUCCAUCCCCGUAUUCCUGUCCCUCAUUUGACACGCAAGUUAAUCGGAGAGAAAAUCACAAUGACAGCCGCGAUCUUUAAAGCAAGACAAGCCCUUGGCUUGUGUCUUAGAGGCUCUAGAGCUCUGUCCCAGCUAGCAGAGCUACCAGAGAUGCACCAGAUGAUGCGGCAGACUUGCAGGGACUAUGCAGCCAAGGAGCUGGCUCCCAUCGCAGCCACGUUGGAUAAGAAUCACACUUACCCCGCAAAGCAGAUCCUGGAGCUGGGAGCCAUGGGGGUGAUGGCUGUGGAGGUGCCUGAGGAGCUUGGGGGGACAGGCAUGGACUACCUGGCCUACAGCCUGGCCAUGGAGGAAAUCAGCCGGGGCUGUGCCAGCACUGGAGUGGUCGUCUCUGUUAACAAUUCACUCUACAUCGGACCGAUCUUAAAGUAUGGUAAUGAAGAACAGAAAAAACAGUGGAUCACUCCCUUCACCACGGGAGAGAAAGUCGGCUGCUUUGCUCUCAGUGAACCAGGGAACGGCAGCGAUGCCGGCGCCGCGUCUACUAUGGCGCACCAGGACGGGGAUGAGUGGGUGCUGAACGGCACCAAGGCCUGGAUCACAAACAGCUGGGAGGCCUCAGCCACCGUGGUGUUUGCCACCACCGACAAGGCGCUCAAACACAAGGGUAUCAGUGCCUUCCUGGUGCCCAUGCCUCACCCGGGGCUGUCCCUGGGGAAGAAGGAGGAGAAGCUGGGCAUCAGAGCCUCCUCCACGGCCAACAUCAUCCUGGAGGACUGCAGGAUCCCCCUAGGAAACCUGCUGGGCUCCCGCGGAGCAGGGUUCAAAAUAGCCAUGCAAACCCUAGACAGUGGGCGGAUUGGCAUCGCCUCCCAGGCUCUUGGCAUUGCUCAGGCCGCUUUGGACUGUGCCGCCGACUACGCACACAAACGCACAGCCUUCGGAGCGCCCAUCGGCAAGAUGCAGGCCAUACAGUUUAAGCUGGCUGACAUGGCACUAGCGAUCGAGAGUGCUCGUCUGCUCACGUGGAAGGCUGCCCUCUUAAAAGACGCCAAGAAACCCUUCACAAAGGAGGCCGCCAUGGCUAAGCUAGCAGCUUCCGAAGCUGCCACUUUCAGUGCACAUCAGUCGAUCCAAAUUCUCGGUGGGAUGGGUUUCGUGACGGACAUGCCGGCGGAGAGACACUACCGGGACGCACGCAUCACGGAGAUCUACGAGGGCACAAGUGAAAUCCAGAGACUGGUGAUCGCCAACCAGGUGCUAAAGGAGUACCAGCCAUAGACACCACUACCUCUACUCGGAUAUAUAAAAGACGAAGGACUUUUAUAAUGAAAAUUAACGAGGGUAUAAUCUUUUAAGGACUAGAUGUGAUCAUGUCACAGCCUUUACCUGCCUACAUUACCUUAAACAUCCUGCGAGCAGAUUCGAGGCAUCAGGUCACUGUGGGUCUUUUUGCGAAUCACAAUAAUUUAUUGCCAAACUCGUGCUUCUAUGGAUCAAGGGUUGUCGCCUUUCAUUUUUUGUUUUUCUCAUCUGUAACCAACUUUAAAUUGUUCAAAUCUGUGUACUAUAAGAUGUUUGUUUUAAUUUGAUCAGGCGUUUCUGUAAAACAAAUCAUAAAGGUAAUGUACUUGAGAAGGCUCGCCACAAGAUGGCAGUGAUUAGCUAAACGUGUUGAUGCUCCCCAUAGCUCCGAUUGUUACAAAUUAAUUACAAGCCGAAGUACUGUAGUCCUUGUCGAUGCUUCUGAAUUUUCACUUUUCAGAUGACUGCUUUUGGCCCAAAUGAAUUGUUGAUCAAAUUGUACAUUUUGUAUGGUUCACAGAUUGACGGGUAGUAUAUGUAUCACAGUGUUAUUACCUCAAACAAUAGAUGAAUGAGGACAUGGUUGAUCAUAUAUCCUUCAAUUUUUGGUAUAAAAAAACAAAUACCUCAAUAACUAUCA